UCUAAUUCUAAAUUAGUUUAAUGAGUUUUUAAUGGUCUAAAUGUUGGUUGAACCAGUAAAACGUGUGUUAUUUACAAUACUGAUUCGUACUCUGCUUCGUUUCGGACAACAUUGACCAAUAUAUUGAAGUCAUAUAUAACACUAGGGCUGCAAAUAAGCAAGGCUGCUCACGAGCAACUCGGACCUCGGCUCAUUUGCAUCUCUAUCUGAUACCACUUCAUUUCAUCACUUGAAUGUUUGUGGAGUUAGUUAUUCUAAGGUUUCGUUUUAAACUGAAUAUGAGUUCUUACUUAUUUAUCUUAUGGUAAACCUUUUAAUUUGUGGUUGUAAUAGGACUAUUUGAUGAAAAUGGUGAUCUCACCAUAACAAUUAACUAAUGUACUUUAUGAAUUACGAUUAGUUACAUGGCAAGAACUAAAGUCAUACGAUUGUAGUAACUCAAUCAUCUAAAAAAUACCAAAUUAAUUCGACAUUUUGACAGCUUUUUUUAACCUUUAUAAGUGAUUAUACAAAUAGAAAGAAGUUGUCUAAAAAUUGCAAAAAAAUGUUUGAAAUUAGUGCAAUAAAUAAUGUGUAAGCUGUAACGAGUAUAGAGCAAGUAACACAAUGCGACAGCCCGAACAACCCGCAACCCGAUUCGCUCACAAGCCGCCCGACCCGAGACCUUAUUAACUCGGAAUCCAACUGACCCGCAACCCAACUGACUCGUAACCCGAUGGAUCUGCAAUCUGACUGACUUGCAAAUCUAUUAACCCAAACCCGACUGACCCAUAAACCAAUGAACUCAAAACCCGACUAACCCAUUACCCGAUUGAACCUAACCCGAACCCGCCAAAUUGACCUCUCUACUUGUGAAUGGUGGCUGCCUUAUUUUGUUGUUUCUGUUCUUGGCCAAUUAAUUUUGUUUUAAUAAAAUUUCAUCACCAUUUAAAAAAUAGGUUUGGUCUGGUCCUCGGUAUCUGUAACACUCCAAAUUCUGGUUAGGUCCAAUCCAAAGCAAACCUAUAAAAUUAAUAAUUUAUAGUAAUUAUUAAUUAAUCAAUAAAUUAAUAAUUUAUUAAUUAAAGAGGAUUUUUUAUAAGUAUAUUGUUAACAUAAAUGAAUUUAUAACCUUAAAAUUAGAUUCAUUUGUGGUGCAUUAAUCGCAAUUGAGGAUGAAGGAGAUGAUGAUUCAACGUCUUUGAAAUCAGUCAUGGGAAAAGAAGUAGUUAAAGGCGCAUCGGCUCUUCGAAAAUACUUGUUGCAAUUACAUAAUACAACACCAACGAUUUCGAGUGCAAUGAGGAAAGUUCAAGAUGAACUUCUAAUAGACUUGACCUUCAAGAAUAAACAAACAACUAUAGAUUCAUAUUUUUCUAGAUUAUCCUAGUUAUAUUGUAAAAUUUCUGAUGAAUUAUAUUUGCAUAAUUAUUAAUUAAUAGAAUUGAAAAUACAUGUAUUUAUGUAGGUUGGUUUUUCAAAAACUAUUAUCUUAUUAAUUUUAUAAUUUUGCUCAUUUUUUAUAAUUGUUCAAAUUGGGACCGGAAAUUAUUAAUUUAUAUUAAAUUAUUAAUUUAUUGAGUAUUAAUUUAUAGAGAUUUUACAGUAGGUCAAUUUUAGAACGAAAAGUUGAACCAAAGAAUUUGGUUGGUUUAACGGCUAAUGGGCCGACUUUGUCAAAUUGGGUAGGGAUUUGUCUCUUCGAUGGAUUCCUUGUAGCCCACUACCUAGAAGUAGGGAUGGCAACAAAACCCGAACCCACAGGUACCCUGCCCGACCCGCUUUACGGGUUUCGGACCGGGUUUGGAUUACCCAUACACUAUUCACUGGGUUGGGUUUGGGUUUAUGGGUACCCAACCCAUGGAUACUUGCUCACACUUAUUUAGUCUCCCUACUCUCCCCAAACUCUAGCCUAAUUCUAAUUUCCUCCUAUCUAACUCCUACCACACUUAUUCCGUGUGAAUUUAUUUAGUGUAACUGUGGUACGUUUGUAUUUUAUAGAAUGGUGUUUUAUAUAUGGUAAUUUGUAUGGGGAAAUUGAUGUUUGAAUUUUAUUUUGAUAGGAACUUGUUAUUGUAAAUUUUUUACCACAAAAAUCCAUGGGCACCCAUAAAUCCGCGGAUACCCAGCGGGUUGGGUUGGGUUUGAGUUUUCCAAACCUAAUGAAUUUUACCCUGGGUUUUUUUGACGAAUAAACUCAUGGGUUUGGCAAAAUCCGACCUAUUGCCAUCCCUACCUAGAAGGCAUAUUUGAAGACAAAUUAUUAAGUGAGGCGGCGGAAAGCCUAGGAGAAGCAUGGAAGAUACGGUCUAAGUGUAGGUUUCCAAGAAUGAUGGCAUAUGUAAACUAGAAUUGGGCACGGCCCGUCGGCCAAAUGAAGUUUGAUAAUACUUAAUAAUUAAAGUUUCAUGUUGUUUUUCCAGGCAUUUAUGAUAAUUUUCAAAAUUCAUAUUGUCUAAACUUACGUUCUUCAUGUUUACCUUAAUGAUAAAAUUGAUCAUAAAUUUUAUAGAGAAAACGGUUUAAUACUGUUUAUCGUGUCAUUUCCAAUGUUUCCUGACACAUUUGAAUGCAUACAUUGUAAUCUCAUAUAAAAAAAGGAGAAAUUAUUCUCUCUUUAAUUACACUUAGCUCUACAGCUGCUAAUUGAUAUCAAUUUCUUCUAUCACCAAAUUUACUAUAUUAUCAUAAAAAUCCACUGUCUUCCAUACCAAGACAAUAAUUAAAUUUGAGUUAAAAAAAAAAAAGAGGUUUGCCAUGAAGUUUUUUGUUUUAAGAGUUGGCCUGAGACCAUUUUUGAAGUUUUGCCAUUUUUCUAUAUUUGGAAAACCAAUUUCUUUUUAAUGUAACCAAGCCCAAAAUAAAAAUAGAAGCCCAAAUUUAGAAAACGCAGUUGUGAUCUCUACGGGCCAAAAACAAAGAAAAAAAAAGAAGUAGAAUAAUAUUUAAAGAAAAAGUAGAAUGACAGAGAUAGCCCCCUUGAUAUGCGCAGAGUAGGGUGGACGUUCGGUUACCGGUUAACCGGCCGUUAAACCGAUAAUUGGUCGGUUAUUGACUAACCGGUAAUCGAACUUCGAUCGGUUAUCUGAGGCUAGACAAAAUGGUUUUUGGUCUUAAAAGUGGUUCGGUUAACCGAUAACCGAGAAACCGAAGCCUAUUUCGGUCAGUUUUAGGUAGAGAAGGUGGUUAUUGCGGUUAACCGAUAAUCGACCGAUCGGUUAUCGGUUAUAACCGAAAUAACCAAACUGCCACCCCUAGCGCAGAGGCCUUUGUUUUUUUUUUCUAAGAGCAUCUCCAUUGGAAUUGCAAUUAGAAUUGCAUUAUGACAUGACAUUCAUUUUGCAAUUGCAUAAUGCAAUUGCAUUGAUUAGAUGACAAUUGCAUCUUUGCAAGUUUGCAUAUAAUGCAAUUAUGGAAUGCAAGCCACAUCAUCUUUUUUAUUAUUAAAUUAUUCAUUAAUUUUAUUAUUUGAGUGUUAAUGUUUUAAUAAAUUAAAUAAAAAAAUUAGUUGCAAUUGCAAGUUAAUUGCAUUGAUGUGGUGCAAUGCAAGUAAGAUGAGUUGGAUUGAAAAAAUGAAGUAACAAUAAAAAAACAAAUGCAAUUGCACCAAUGGAGAUGCUCUAACCCCCUCUUCGCCUGGAAGGCUGGAACGUCCAUAUAGUAGUGUAAAGACACUAGAUUUUACCCGACCUGUUGGCCGGAUGAAUUUUAUUUUACUUUAUUUGAUGUUGAUCAAUUUCUUCAUACUUUUAAUUUGAGAUUUUCUAAAAUAGUUAAUUCAUUAUUUCAAAGUAAUCUUUAUGAUAAAAUUUUAUUAUUACAUUAGCAAUAAUUAGUUAAUGUGUAUUUUUUUUAUCAAGUCGUGCUAGUGUACUGUUGUGUAUUUUUUGUCAUAUCUUCGUAGAAAUUUGCAAAAAUUUUAUUGUCGAAUAUGAAUUUGGAGUUGGAAGGAAAUAUAUGUCAUCUAGAAUUGGUAAGAAUUGAAGAUAUAUUAAAAAAUCAAGAGAAUAACGAAAAGAUUAUGCCUAGAAAUAUGAAAUAUGGAAAACAUGAAAAUAUAAUUCUUAUUGUAUAAAUUAAGAUAAUUAAGUUUAUAGGCUUGUUUGAAUAAUAAGUGGGGGUUGUUAAGUGUUUGUAGGGGUGGGAUUCGGUACGCCGGUAAACGGUUUACCGUUUUACCGAACCGUUUACCGACGGUAUCGGCGACCGAGCGGGGGAUGGGGUGUGUCGGUUUACCGAAUCCGGUAUCGGUAUAUACCGACGGUAAAUCGGUAAACCGAUACCGAACCCCAAAAUGACGUCGUUUUAUUUGGCCCCCAAUUCCUAUACCCUAAUUUAUAAGUUAUGGCAUUAACAUAUAACAUAUACUUCAUUAUUCACAAAUAUUACAUACAUCAUGAGGAAAAAUAUUAUAAAUAAUAGUUACAAAUGUUACAAAUGAUACAUGAAUGUAAGUAAGUAUAGGCCUAAAAAAUGUUAUAAAUUAUUAAUUACAAAAAUGAAGAAAAAAAACUCAGAAAAAUCAAAAUAUUACAACAUCUUCCCCACUAACAGAAAUUCGGUUUCGGUAAAUGUUCGGUAAACCGAACCGAAAAUCCACCCCACGUUGCCCCUUGCGGUAAUUCGGUAAACCGGUUUGUAACCGUUUACCGGUAAUUCGGUAAUCGGUAAACCGGUUACAAAUCGGUAUCGGUAAACGGUAAACAGUUUUGCCAGCGCCGGUAUACCGAAACCAGUAAAUUCGGUAAACAAUUUACCGUUUACCGACCGAUUCCCACCCCUAAGUGUUUGAUACUAAUGCACGUAAAAAAGUUAAGAAAAUCCAAACAUUAUAAAACGUUAAAUUCUACUCUACCAGCACGAUUUUUGACUUUUUAUGUGGAGUUAAUAGCAUAAAUUGUCACUCUAUUAUCCAUUUUCUCAAAUCUAUCCCUAUACUAUUUUCACAUCAAACAUGUAUGCAUACUAUAUAGUAUAUACGUUUUAACAAAUUAAAUUUACCCAUUUUGUGGCUUAUCUUCUCCGUCUGCAACUCCCAAUAAUUAAUAGACACAAUCCCAUCAUCCAUCUGUUCUGUUUUCUCUUCCUUUGACCCAACAAGAAAUAAACGUAAAAACUUGUCUGUCACGAAAGAACCUUGAAGACCGACUUUUGAAUUUCAAACACUCUCUGAAAGUCCACAAUUAUUGAUCGAUUCGACUCAAUCAUAAAAAUUUGAACCCAAAAUUUUUAGAAUAUAUGGAUUUCAAAUUAUCAAAGGUUGUCAACCCGGUUUAACCCGUUGGUCCGGUCGAUUAAGUGGGUUGAGGGUAAAGGUCCAAUCGUUUUAGUCCGCUUUUGCCAAGAUUUAUGAAAAAGUCAUUAUAUAAAAUCUCAUCUACAUAUGGAUAAUAUUCUUUCUCGUCCCGACUAUCUACACUUGUUUCUCUACCUGCUACUUUCCGCUAUCCUGCUUCGAGCUCCUAAAAAGCACUCCAACAACAUGUAUUCAUCACGUGAUGAAGGUCGCACUCCUAUGACGACGGUGUGUGUGCUAGAUGUGGAAUUAAUGAGGAAUGACCAAGUGGGAAUUGAGCGUGGGGAUGUUUGCGAGUGAAGGCAACAUGUGAUGGAAGGCGAGUUUUGCCAGUAGUCGCUUUGUCUAUAGAAUUAACUCAACGGAUUUAGCUUACAAAUUCGCGGUGCGAGAGCUAGAACGGGUGCGUAAGAGCGUAUAUUAUUCGAGAAUUAUAAAUUGAGUGGGCCAAAAGAGUGUGAAUAUUAUAUUAAUUUAAUUAGUAUAUCAUUUAACUUACUAACAUGUUUUGCUCGAAAUAUUUCAACAAUGCAGCGGAAAAUAAAAAUAAAAAUAUUUUAGAUAAUAAUUUUUAAAUAAUCUGAUUAGGCCCGAAAAAGGAAAAAAUUUCAAAAGUUGAAUAGAAACCCAUCAAAGUUUACAAUACUGUUUUUAUUUUUUAUUGAAGUUUUUAGUUUUAUUUUAUCUAAAAGGAAAAGAGAAAUGAAUGAAUCGUUUAUUCAUCACCCCAUGCACUCAAUUAGCAGUUAAUAAAAGAGUCAAUAUUUUCGUCUUCCCCUUCAAUUCUUUGUUUCCUAAGCGACGCUAAAGAUCUCUUGUAGAUGUACCAAAUUGGCAAAUUCAUAUUAACGGCCAUCUAACUAACCUCCUAUACUUUUAUUUAGCCCAAGCUCGUGAUUUGAUGAUCUAUUUGUUAGUCCCCAUUCAAGAACUCGUGAUGAAUCUUCGGAAGUACGAAGAUUUUUUUACCGCUCAUCUGAAUCUUCAACAACUAUCUAGAUCUCGUGCCACAUGUAUCCUUUUUUUCAUCUUUGCUCUCCAGAUCUCUGACACCACCACAAGUAUUCAUUUCUCCCACGAAGAAGCGGGUCAUCGUCUUCGAGCCAAAGCUGUUGAUUUGGCUAUAACUUGUUUCAUUUUACUUUGUUUAUAGAGAGAAAUCUCUCAAAUAAGUGAUAUAUGAAAUAACAUUUGUGAAGUUUGAUUUUCGAUGCUCUGAUGUUUAGUGUGAGCUACAAUUUCUGGGUUUUGGAAGUCGGUAGUUUCUGUAAAAGAAUUGUGAAGCAAAAAUAUCAUUUCUACUUUCGCUCUCUUUGUAGGAAAUUUGAAAUGAGACAACAAUUUUCUCAUUUCAGUAUUACAAAUUGUGUAGAGUGCAGAUAAAGACAUGUACUUCACUACAAAUUCGUUAGCACAUUUAAAAAAGGUGAAAUGAGCCAACUAUUAAACUCGUAAUGAUUGUUGGAUUCAAUCAUAUCAGAAUAGGAAGAGGUUUAAAAUUUGACGGUAUAUGAGUGAUGUAGUUAAAACAACAAUUAAAUUUUGAUAGUUAUAGGUGUACGUGGGCACCGUGCCGUGGGUACGGUUAGAGCCCGACACGAGCACGGGCACGAAAUAUUUGGGCCAAUCCGGCACGAGCACAAAUUCUUUACGGGUCGUGCCGGGCCUAAACUUCAUGAACACGGGCACGAGCACGGUAUGUAAAUGGGCCAUGGCGGGCCUAAUAUUUUCAAAACCUUAUUGAGUAUACGAACGGGCAUAACACAAAAAUAAUAUUAAUUUGAUAAAAAUAAAUAUAAAAAGAAUAAUGGGUUCAAAUAUUG